CUCCCUCUCUCUCUGCCCACUCCCUCCCCUCUCUAUUUCUCUCUCUCUCUCUCUCUCUCAAUCUUUGUCCCUCUGUAUCUCUCCUCUCUGUCUCGCAAGUGAAUCUUAAGCCCUUGGACUUCCAGGGUUGUUGCUGUUGUUGCUUAAGGCAGUGUUUACGCACCAGAGGAGGGGAGGAGAGUGGAGAGGGCGGAGGAGGAGGAGAAGGGCGUGCGAUUGAGGCAGGAACUUGGCCGGGAGCCCCGUGCAAUGGGUGCAGGAGGGCCGCAGUGUUAGUGCCGCAGAGCCCAGCACCGUCUCAAUGUCACCGGCUGCCCGGCGGAGGCUGAGGAAAGUUGAAGGAUGGGAGGGUUUCAUUCACAGAGCCAGCCAAAGGGAGGAGCGAGACCCUCGCCACACAGACCCAGCAUGGCCGGGACGGGUGUCCGAUCGGCCGAACCCUCGGGACAGGCCGCCUGGGAGUGUCUGGGCGCUGGACGCUGUGGCGGGACCAAGAACCCGCGGCCUCCAGCCCUCGCCCGCACCAGCCUGGACCGGCACUGCUCCGUCUCGCCCUGUUGCUCAGCUGCUGGGGACAGCUCCUCAUUCAGCUCUGACUCCGACACCAAUUUCGAAACACCUGUCACCGAUACACCUGUGCCAGGAGCCCUGGACCUGAGUGAAAGUGAACUGAGCCCAAAGCAAACUGCUACUGGCUGGCGAACGGAGGACAAGCCGUUAUCGUUGGAGGCAGCGGACGUGUCGCGGUUGGAGUGCGGUGAGACCACGCUCGACGCGGCUGCUGAGGACACCGCGUGCACAGCAGACGAGGCUCCCGACCGGGGGAACUCGCCGAGGAUCGAGGUGCGAGCGGCCGAGACGCGGAGGGACGGGGACUCGCCUCGGUGUGCCAAUUCGGGCCCCGGUGAGCAGGGAGGAGGCAUGACGGUGCCGGCUGGCGAGGAGCAGGCGGCAGAAGGAGUGGAGGACCAGGGUCCGGGCGGUACUGGCGAGCGCACCAAGGCAGCCCCUCCCUCGCUGGAUCUAGGGGGGGCCGGAGAUGGCGAUGCAGCCACACCGAAACCGGCCUACGGCUUUGACCCGGACAACUUUGAUGGGGCGCGGAACCCUUUCACCUCAGGGGGCUGCCGGCUGCAAGACUCCCCCCCAGGAGGGGGUCCGGUGGCCGCGGGGACGGAGGGGGAGGCGGGAGCCAAGGGCCCGGCGCUGAAGCUGGAGUUUGACUUCUCGGAGGACAAGGAGAAUGCGGAGACGUGCCCGCCCGUGGUCAGGAAAGUGGGAAGGAAGCCCGGUGGCCGGACCGGCAAGAAGCAUCGAACCUCCAUCCCCAAACCCACCGCCCCCGUGGUCAAGGAACCCGUCUGCCCCAGCGCCAAUCUCGACGACGUUCCCAUUCCCAAACGGUCCUACAACUUGGAUUCCAGCCAGUGGGACGAUCCCAACUUCAACCCCUUUGGGGGCAACUCUGCCUUGCAGAGCUCCCCCACUGGAUCUUACGCAUUCCACCCCGAUCGGCUGGACGCCGUCGACCCUUUCAAGCCCUCAAAGAGCUUGCCCAACGAGGACAGCCCUCUGGAGAGGGGCACCGAGGUGACUGAGCGAGGGGAGCUGGAGGUCCCGGCUGAGGGAGAGGAGGACGGCGAGGUGGAGGCGAAGGGCAAACCUCGAGUGAUAACGACAAUUGAACAAAUGAAGUUCCUCUGUUUCCUGAUGAACGCCUGUCGGGUGAAGAAGUAUGAGAGCCAGUCGCUGGUGUUGGACGUUUGCUCACAGGAUGACGAGCCGCUGGAGGUGUCCUGUGGGGGGCACAUUGGCCAGAGGCAGGGCCACGCCACCGACGAGGAGAAGCUGGCUUCCACGACGGUCGUCCCAAAGCCCGGCGGUGCCGAGGGCAGGAGCGAGCAGGAGGACGACACAGAGUACUUCGAAUGCUCCAACCUCCCGGCCUGCCCGCUGAAGCCGGAGCUCGCUGCCCCCACUGAAGGUUUAAGUAAUUCAAAAGCACUGGACCACUUGGAACCACAUGCCAUAGCAGGACACAUGCCAGUGGCCGAGAUGAGCAGCAGUGAGAGCAUCCUGUCCUUCAAAACUCUCCUGAGUGAGAUGGAAGGUACCCUGGGCAACGAGCUGAUCAGCCUUCAGGCGGACAAGACGGAGGUGCUGAGCUUAAUCAGAGAAGAGAUUAUUGGGAAGGAGAUAGAAGUAAACGAGUGGAAACAAAAAUAUGAAGACAGUCGGCAAGAAGUCAUCGAAAUGAGGAAGAUUGUCUCAGAGUACGAGAACACCAUUGCCCAGAUGAUCGACGACGAACAGAAGAACAAAAUGGCCUCCCAGACGUCCAUGCAGCAGCUGAUGGCAGAGAAGGACCAAGCCCUGUCUGACCUCAACUCUGUCGAGAGAUCCUUAUCCGACCUCUUCAGGAGGUACGAGAACAUGAAAGGGGUCCUGGAAGGAUUCAAAAAGAAUGAAGAAGUAUUGAAGAAAUGUGCUCAGGAUUACUUGGCCAGGGUGAAACAGGAGGAGCAACGGUAUCAGGCCCUGAAGAUGCACGCUGAGGAAAAACUGGACAAGGCUAACGAGGAGAUCGCCCAGGUCCGCUCCAAGGCUCACGCUGAAGGAGCGGCCAUGCAGGCCACCCUCCGCAAGGAGCAGAUGAAGGUGGACUCCAUGGAGAGGACGAUUCAACAGAAGAACCAAGAGAUUGAAGAACUGACCAAGAUCUGCGACGAGCUGAUCUCCAAACUGGCAAGAAUGGACUGAGUUCUGUCCUCCCCGCCACUGGGCCCUGUGCACGAUGCAGCUUCCCCCCCCCCCCCCCCACCCAGGCCUUCCUUCCUCAAAGCAGGCGGCCUUACUUAGAUCCGGAACCCAUCAUCCACCCAUCUGUACCUUCAACCAGCAAUGGCCCAAACAGCCGGCGGAGCAGAUGGAGGCCGCUGGUUCAUCUUUGUAUCAUGGCCGCUGCACAAACACAACAGACAUUCGCCACUUUGUUCCCAAGGCAGUCGGUGCCUCAGCGUCCCCCAGGUGUAACCUGCUUCACCAGUGCCGUCUCUAAUCUUCAAGGUGUCAUUCACUACCUGUGCAGCACAGGGAUGAGCGUUGAAGGUCCCGUU